AGGGGUGAAAAAAGUUUUGUUUCUGUAGUCGACUAAUAUGCUAAUUAGCCAUCGCAGUGUGCGACCCCAUUGGCUCCUCGUCCGAGACAAUUUCCCACUUGCAGCCUGACGUCAUGUGAGCUCCAAAGCUCUUAAACUCAACUGCUGUGUGAUGCCUGCCUCAAAAAAUCGCUCCCGUGUUCAGCCUCCGCUCGCUCGCUUGCAGCCGGCUGCGUCGGGUGGCGAUGUCUCCGUGAGAAAAAGCGCGUGAAAAGUUGUGUUAAAUGUUUCAAAUACAAGGCGCGCACCGAGAAGGGACUCCGCUCCUCGUGUGCGCGACACCCAGGCCGGUGUGUGUGCGCGAAAGCCUCCGCCGAGCGACGGCCAAAGUAGUCCGAGCCGGGACGCAUUAGAAACUCUUGUUUGUGACGCUUUCGACAAACUCUCUCAAGGUGGCUCACGUUCUCGCCAGCCAUCCGGCCGCACCGGCCGCUCUUCAGCCCGUCUGGAGGACUGUGAGCAGCAACAGCAGCGGCAACAGCAAGAGGAUGGCAUCAGAGCUGGCAAUGAGCAACUCCGACCUGCCCACCAGUCCCCUGGCCAUGGAAUAUGUUAAUGACUUCGAUCUGAUGAAGUUUGAAGUGAAAAAGGAGCCGGUCGAGCCCGAUCGCACCAUCAGCCAGUGCAGCCGCCUCAUCGCCGGGGGAUCCUUGUCUUCCACGCCGAUGAGCACGCCCUGCAGCUCUGUGCCCCCCUCCCCGAGCUUCUCGGCGCCCAGUCCGGGCUCGGGGAGCGAGCAGAAGACACACAUAGAGGACUUCUACUGGAUGUCCGGUUACCAACAGCAGCUCAAUCCAGAGGCGCUGGGGUUCAGCCCCGAGGACGCGGUCGAGGCGCUCAUCAACAGCAGCCACCAGCUCCAGUCGUUCGAUGGCUACGCCAGAGGCCAGCAGUUCGCGGGCGCAGCCGGCCCGGGGGGCGCCAUGGCCGGGGAGGAGAUGGGCUCCGCCGCGGCGGUAGUGUCGGCGGUCAUCGCUGCGGCCGCCGCUCAGAACGGGGCACAGCACCACCACCACCAUCACCACCACAACCACAGCGGGGCCGGGGGAGGUGGAGGAGGGGGCGGCGGAGGCGGAGGCGGAGGUGGCGGCCACCACCACCACCACCACCACCAGGCGCCGGGCAUCCAGUCCAACGGCGUCUCCGGGACAAAUCACCACCCGCACAUGCGCCUGGACGACCGCUUCUCAGACGAGCAGCUGGUCACCAUGUCCGUGCGGGAGCUCAACCGGCAGCUGCGGGGGGUCAGCAAGGAAGAAGUCAUCCGGCUCAAGCAGAAGAGGAGGACCCUCAAGAACCGAGGCUACGCGCAGUCGUGUCGCUUCAAGCGCGUCCAGCAGCGGCACGUCCUGGAGGGCGAGAAGACGCAACUGGUGCAGCAAGUGGAGCACCUCAAGCAGGAGAUCUCCAGGCUGGUCCGGGAGAGGGACGCGUACAAAGAAAAGUAUGAGAAGCUCAUCGGCAACGGCUUCAGAGAAAGUGGCUCGAGCAGCGACAACAACCCGUCAUCUCCGGAGUUUUUCAUGUCAUCCAGAAAAUUCCUCCAUCUGUGAUUUCAAGCCCCAUUCCUCCUCGCCCUUGGUUACCUGAGACAACUCCACGAGUGAGCAGUGAGGACAUCAGCGGGCGGCCAAUCGCAUGAAGACACCAACAAAGCACAACAUUAAAAAAUGUCUUCGCCAGGGGGACGGAAGACAGACCGGCUGAUAGCUCUCCAAAUUGCUACUUUUGACUCGUCCCUGAUAUUUUGCUUCCAGCUUUUUUUUUUCUACAAAACCUGAAAAAGGGAGAAAAAGA